AUGUGAUCAGUGUUGUUCGGGAGUAUCUAACCCACUUUUCUGACGGGCUGUGACAGCAAGAUGAAGUGGCUAUAGCUGCUGUAGACAAAGGGAACGGGGCUCGUGGAUAUUAAGUUUAAUGUGUAACCAAAAUAUGGGAAACCGGGAGCAUUUACACUUGAAACACAUCUGUCAUCAUUUUUUUAUUCGUUUAUUUGACAGGGACAGUACGUCAGGCAUUGUUGCAUCUAAUUAAAGAGCAACCGAUGCUGUGUGUGCAGGACUUCUAGACGUGGCUAAUUUGCGGUCCUUGUCCCUGGUUAGACAGCAGGAAAUACAGCACAUGAUACAUAAACCACUAAAUAAAACGAGCAGUUUCUUCCAUGCACAAAAAUCUAGAAGUACAUAUACAUAUAUACACAGGCACAAUGUAACUUGUUUCAAGGACUUUAUAGCUGUUAGAAUAUUAUAUAAAACAUCCUUUUGUGUAGUACAUUUCGCUCAGGGGAUUCAGCUUUCAACUUUGAUUGUACAUUAUCCCGGAGUAUUACACAGCCUUUGAAAACAGCUUUAUAUUUAUGUGACCCUGGAGAGAAUUUCAGUUCAAGCUCAAAGACAUCACAUUUAUUACUAACUGGAAAACUGGAGUUUCAAAUAUGUGAAUAUCUAGAUAGAUAGAUAAAUACUUAGCCUGAUUUUUAUUAAAGUUAAGAUCAUUAACACUCCUGGCUCUGAAGUCAAACUGUUUACAUGUUUUGCAACUACCAUUUAUUUUAAUCAUCAUUUUACACACAGCAUAUGAACUUUUUGGGAAGGGGUUUGUACUUCAAUUUAGUUGGCAUUUAUAGUGUUUUAAAAUUUACAAAAUAAUCUGUGGUGAUUAUACAGGCGCAAAUUCUUGUAAAACAUGACUACAAUAUCAGAACAGAAGAAGGAACAGAAACGCUGCCUGUCAUGAGUAUAUUAGAGGUGGCGCUUUGUGAGCUCUUUUUUGAGUUGACAGACAGCUUCGCACACAACACCUCUCUAACUGAGCACCAGGUAGGUGAUUUCCUUUCCUUGUAAAAUGCUGUUAUGUUUGUGUUGGAGUUGAUAGAUGACUUUUUUAACAUUUAUUUAACACUACAGUGGUUGAUGAAAUAAUAAAAUGUAGCACCGGCUCAAAAUUUCUUUUCCAGGGUCCUGUGAACAGCAAUGAAUGACUCCUACAAUGACAGCUUUCAAUAUGACCUGGAUUAUGAGGAUCAGGUCUGUGAAAAAGCUGUGGUGGUCAAAUUUGGAUCCUAUGCAGUUCCCAUUUUCUUCUUCAUCGUGAUCACACUGAGCCUCACAGGAAACAUCCUUGUGCUUAUCAUCCUUGCUUUGUACGAAAACCUCAAGUCUCUCACAAACAUCUUCAUCCUAAACCUGGCCAUCUCUGACCUUGUCUUCACUACUGGUCUUCCUUUUUGGGCAAUGUACAGCAUCUGGGGAUGGGUGUUUACAACGAUCCUCUGCAAAAUGGUGUCUUUUGUUUUUUGCAUUGGGUUUUACAGCAGCAUCCUCUUCCUAACCAGCAUGACCAUCUACAGGUAUCUGACAGUGGUUCACCCUCUUUUUAACUUAAAGACUAAGAGCUUCAGCACAGGGACUUUUGCGUCUUUCCUUCUGUGGGCUAUCAGCAUCGGAGCAGCCAUGCCCUCUGUGCUCUUCAUCACCACAAUGCAAGUCCCCCACAAUGGUAGCUUCUCCCUCGGCUGUGACUAUGAAACACAUGCGUUAAGAGACAUUGCUGCCUUCCAACAGAAUGCUGUCUUCCUGUUUGCUUUUGCUGUGAUGGCUUUCUGCUACAUUCGAAUCCUUGGAAAGAUUAAAAGAGCAAGAUCCAAGACAAAAAACAAAGCUAUUAAACUUGUCUUUUGCAUCGUUGCUGUUUUUUUCCUCGGGUGGGUGCCGUACAACGUGGUCAUCUUUCUGAGGAGAUUGGCUGAGGGACUGGUUGAACCUUUUAAUGACUGUGACAUUAGUAUACAGCUUGACCAUGCAUAUGAAGUGUGCAGGUUCAUCGCUUUCUCCCACUGCUGCCUAAACCCUGUGUUUUAUGCUUUUGUUGGCGUCAAGUUUAGGAGUCAUCUGAAGUCUAUGCUGUAUCGUAUGUUUAUUUGCAGAAAUACAGUUGAGGAACAACAGAUUACACUGCAAGUCUACUCCCGUGGAUCAAUGUAUUAGUAUUCAUUCAAGCAUUUUAACUGAAAGAGGGAGAUUAGGAUAAAUAUGUAAUGUAGAUAUGCCAUGCAUUUAAAUUGCUGUUUGAUAUGAGACCCAUGGAGAGUUUUUUAAAACGGAAUUGUUAUUAAACAACAUUUACUCUAGACUUAACUAUAUGUGCAUCAUAUUUUAUUUUAUUAGUCAGAGAUUAUAUAGAGCACUUUGUAUUUUUUAUGUGAAAUUAUUAUUUCUUUUUGGGAAUUUUUCCCACUUUAUUUGUAAAUAAAAGCACCAUAAUAAUU